GGGGUGGGGACUUGGCAGAGCGAAACCAAUGGGGAAGCAGAGUGCGGGUUCCGAAGAUGGCGCACCCAGCCAAUCAGAAGGAGGGACCUAGUUGUGGGGCGCUGGGAGUGGGGGGCGGGGCGUGAAACAGAAUCUGCAGGGGAAGAGGGUCUUGGGUGACAAAAGGAUAUAGCCCCUGCACCUAAUGGCACCAGUAUGGAACCGGGAUACCAGGGGCAUCCAUGGCCUAAGCAAGGCUGUGGCCCCAGAGGGCAGUCGGAGGAAGGGGAGGUCCCUGCUCCAGUUCCUGGCUGACCACUUCUAUGACGUGCAGGCCCUCAGGGAGUACCUGCUCCGAAAGCAGGUAUUGAAGGUGCACCAGAAAAAUCGGCCCUUCACCCACAUCAAGGAGCGCUUUGGUCCCCACGCCGCGGGUGCCUAUUUCAUCCUGAAGCAGGGCGGUGCAGUCAAGUUUCAGGGCAAGGAAUGGAUCCGGCCAAACACGCGUGGCCGCUUCUCUCUUGACUUCCUGACCUUCCCAGAGGUGCCUGUAGAGGCAGUCGAUGCCAGCGGCAGUGCCAUCAACUACCACGGCCUGGACAACCUCUUGGCCCUGAAGGAGCUCCAGUCCCUGUGGCUGCGGCGCUGCCCCCACGUGGAUGACUGGUGUCUCAGCCGCCUCCACCCGCUGGCCAACUCAUUGCAGGAGCUCUCCCUGGCCGGUUGUCCCCGAAUCUCUGAACGGGGCCUUGCCUGCCUCCACCACCUCCAGAACCUCCGCAGGCUGGACAUCUCCGACCUCCCUGCUGUGUCCAACCCAGGCCUCACGCAGAUCCUGGUGGAAGAGAUGUUGCCCAACUGCGAGGUUCUGGGGGCUGACUGGACCCAGGGCCUCGGGUUGGGGCCAGAGGAGCAGUCUCAGGACGCAGCCAGCCCCAUCCCUGCCUAGCCCUCGGCCUGCCCCCCCGUCAAGCCGGGCAUCAGCGGGGCCCCAUGGGGGGCUGACAGUUCUCCGAGGUGGGGUGCGGGCUGGGGGGACUGGCCCUGCCAGCAGGUCAGGGGAGAGUGUGCAGCUGACGUACUUACUCCCCAUCUCGGGGACUCUGGCUCACUGCACCCUGGGCUGAAAGGUCACAGCUCCUGUCAUCCUUCUGGCAGCUCUUUCCACAGGCUUCACUUUGGGUUCCAGCAGCCUCCCAGGCCCAGGGGAGAUGAGCAGCCCUAGGGGAGCCACACUCUAUGCCUCCUCUGGCCCUGUGACUUCCCCACAUCUCCUCUCUCGGUUCCCCCACACCCAGUUCCUGCCAUGUCGGGAAACCCUGCUCUUGACUUGUCUCAAGGGUCUUCUCAGUGUAGCCUUGUUUGAAGAUGUUACUGCUCCCUGCCUGGACCCCCUCUGACACAGGGGCGCUACCAGCCCGGUUCCCUGUGGGACACUGCUCAGCUCUCCGCCAGCUCGCCAUCCCUGGACUCCACUCGCUGACGCCCGGCAUGCCCCACGGCCUCCAGUGUUCCCACUUAUCCACUCACUGACUCCGCUCCAAAUCCAGCUUUCCUGUUUGCUCCGUGAAAACAGACCAUGGGCCUUUGAAACCUUUUCCUAGGCCGAGUGACGUGCUGAAGUUUGUCGGAAGAGGGCGCCUGAGAGAGGACAGGAGAAAAGCCUUUGCUUUCAUGUGGGAGCUCUGCGUGCUCAGGCUGAGCUCUCAGGCCUCCCCAGCAGGUGGUUCCUGAGGUGCCACCCCCAGCAGUCUCAGAGAGCCCCCACCACCGAGGCACCUCCCUGCCAAGGGCUCUCCCUGCGACCCAGAACAGGAACUUCCAGGAAAUGCUGAGACACCUUAUCUGUGAGUCCCUGAUUUCAGUUCGCUGUUAAACGUCAACAAAUUCUUGACAUUAAACUUGACCUGUUCGA